GCGGAUGCCUCCUCCUCCUCCUCCACCUCCCACCCCCACCCAGGAUAUGAGAAUACUAUGAUCCUCCUCCUCUUGGCUUCUUCUUGCAUCGCCUUCCCUCCUCCUCCUCCUCACAUGCCAACAAGAACCCCUCUCCCACUCCUCCUCGGCUAGCCCUCCGGCCUCCACUCCCAUCCCAUGGACGACGGUCUGCUCCUGCCCUGCAGGCUUGCGGUGUCUUCUUCUUGAUUGGUGAGCUAGCUGCCCUUCUGCUCUGUGUGUGGGUGGGUGGGUGGAGGAGGAGGAGGAGGCAAUGGCGGCUGCGAGGAGGCUGUCGGAGCUGCUGCAGGAGCAGCAGGAGCCGUUCCUCGUCGAGGCCGCCACGAUCAGGCGGCUGCGGCGGGGUCGUGUCGGCGGAGGAGGUGGUGGUGGUGGAGCGUGCUGCCCCGUGGCCGCUUGUCGGAGGCUGCUCAGGCUCUGCAACCAUGGGUUCAAGAAGAGGAGAAGCAGCGGCGGCGGUGGAUGUGUCGGCGGGAGCGGCGUGAGUGUCGUGAGGUCGGCGCUGGGCAAGGUGCUGGGCAGCAAGGCCAUGAGGAGGGUGCUCCGCUGGGACAAUCUUGGCGUCGUCGGAUGCUUCCCCGGCGUCGGCCGCGAGUUCCGCCGGCUCCGGCGGUCCACAGGAUACAGCGGCGAGUGCGAUCCCCGCGCCAUGGAGUUCGGCCACAACGACGACGGCGGCGACGACGAGCGGGCGGCGAGGUGGAAGGCCGACAUGGACGUCGACGACUCGUCGCGGCAGCUCAGCCCGGUCUCCGUCCUCGAGCUGCACUCCGACGACUCUUCUCCUGUGCACUGCCGCUGGGAGGAUGAGAAGCCCUCGACCUCAGGGAGCUCACCUCCAUCAUCUGAAGACUUCAUCGGCGCCACCUCACCAUGCUUCACCUACGAUGUCCAUGGCAAGAUUUGUGCAAUGGAGGUAGAAGAAGAUGAGGAAGAGAUGGCCAGGGCCGGCAAGUCCAUAGAGGAGCAGAUCUCCUCCUGGGAGAAGAUUGCAGAGGACAUCUCCAGCAUCCCAAGGAUGAUGGAGCAGGACUUCUCCCAGUCCAUACAACAGUGGAGUGAGCUCAAGCUGGAGGCCAUGGAGAUUGGCACCAGGAUAGAGACCCUCAUCUUUGAUGAGAUCAGGAGAGAAACUGUCUGUGACAUGCUUGCUUCACACUGUACAUUGGCAACAACAACAUCUUGUUGACCACAUAAAGAGGGAGAUGUGGACUGAGGAAGGGUGUGGUUAAGAAAAAAAAAUGGAGGAUCUGUAUAAUUUGAGGGUUCAUGUGGAAUUCACCUUUUUUUCCCCUAACUCCUAUGUCCUGGUCUCUUUAUUGUCCUGAGCUCCAUGUUUUCAUUCUGCAAAUAUUAUGUCUUUAGAUAAUGGCAAAAUAUUACUCAUAUGGAUUGGAAAGGACAAACUUUUAUUCUUUCUUAAAAAGAGCAGCAGUUAA